AGCAGGAAUCCGUUCAUGCCAGAACGACAGUAUUCUCGACAAGUCCCUUGAGAUGAGAAGCAGCUCUCUCUUUCCCAUAGAGUAAUGUACGGACAAAGGCCCAGACUCUCCAAGUCGUGGCUUGUUGGUUCGUCUCCGACCCCGGAGUUCUCACCAUCAACUCCAAACCUCGGCAAUCGAAAUAGCCAAAACCGGGACGUGGGAUGGACGACGACGGUAAAUCGAGACGUACCUAAUAUAUCACGGGGCAGUGACCUCUGAAUCCUGGAAACUCAAUUGCUGAAUAGAACUCUUCCUACAGCAUACUAAGAAUCGACGUCUCACGAACACAUCAAUCGGAAGGCCGAAAGUCACCAACUUAUUCUCUGCUCGCGUGGAGGAAACGACAUAAUCAUGCCUUUUCUUCCGGACAAACAGCCCAGGAUCAUCAUCGCUGGUGCUGGUAUUGGAGGUCUUACUACAGCAUUGUCUCUCCAUGCAGCAGGCUUCACAGACAUCCAUAUCUUCGAGGCUGCGUCGAACCUCACAACACUCGGUGUAGGCAUCAAUGUCCAACCCUCAGCAGUUCUCAUCUUGAGAAACCUCGGUCUUCUGCCCGCACUAAAGUCAACUGCCAUUGAGACCCAGGAGCUCAACUUUUACAACCGUCAUGGAGAUGCCAUUUUGAGUGAACCCAGGGGUGAAAGUGCAGGCUACGCUGUACCUCAAUUCAGUAUCCACCGCGGCGAAUUCCAAAUCCUGCUUCUGGACACUGUCAAAGAACGUCUAGGCUCCGAUCGUGUUCAUCUAAGUCACGCACUCGCAAGUUUCGAGCAGGAUGAAAACAUGCUGGGAGACAGCCCUAAAGACACAAUCACCGCUCGCUUCGUACGAAAAAGUGACCUGGCCCUGCAACCAGAGAUCCCGGAAAUGACUGGAGACGUGUUGAUUGCAGCCGAUGGUAUCAACAGUGUAGCGCGUAAAUUGCUUUACCCAGACGAAGGCCCGCCACGCUUUUCAGGUCGUAUCCUAUGGCGAGGCUGCCACGAGCAAGAGCCCUACUUGACAGGAGCAUCAAUGGUCUGGGCAGGUCAUGCAGAUCAGAAGUUCAUCGCCUAUCCUAUCUCUGGCACUUCCAUGCGCAAAGGCAAGAGUUUGGUAAAUUGGAUUGCCGAGCUGCGGGUCAGGGACAAGGACGACCCUGAUCUUACACCUCCGCCUGUGGAUUGGACUAAUGUGGUUCCCAAGUCCAAAUUCGAGGGGCCAUUCCAAGACUGGCAGUGUGGUGGAUUGAGUAUGAAGCAGUUGAUUGAUGACACUGAUAAGGUCUAUGAGUUCCCCAUGAGCGAUCGUGACCCUGUUGAUCGCUGGAGUUUUGGAAGGCUUACUCUACUUGGAGAUGCUGCUCAUGCUAUGUACCCAAUCGGCAGCAACGGCGCUUCCCAAGCCAUUAUCGACGCCGAAGCACUAACCGCCUGCCUCUCCAACAACCCCGCCGACAUCUCCCUCGCCCUCCAACAAUACCAAGCCAUCCGCCUCCCACCCACCGCCAAAAUCGUCAUGGCAAACAGAGCCAAUGGACCCGACCAUGUUCUGCAACUCGCUCACGAAAGAGCGCCAGAUGGAUUCAAAAACAUCUUUGAUGUUAUUCCAAGGGAGGAAUUGGAAGGUGUGGGCAAGCAGUAUAAAUUAAUCGCGGGCUUUGAGAUGGAUUCGGUGAAUCAGAAGGCUAAGGAGACAGAAGGGCAGGCUGAGAGGGCGGGGUUGAAGAGUCCGGCGAAGUGGACUGUGAGUGAGAAGAGCGUUCGAGGGUGAUUGUUUGACAGAAGUGUUUGGUUACAUGUACUGUACAACACAUCAGCAGAUUGGGAAAGAGGCAUGAUUGUCUUGCAUGAUGAAAUUACAGAUGGAUUAAG